AUAUCUCGGGCAUCUCUGCCGUCAGAUGUUCAGUUCGGUGUCUCAGCCAUCAUGGAUGUUUUUCUUUCAACUACGAUCACAUCGAUCAAGUCUGUCAGAUGAACAACGCCAGUGCUGAGCACGUCUGUGACAACUUUCAAGGAAUGCCGUAUGUUUCGUAUUACGACGCAACCGCAAAACCAAUCACCUGCAAGAGUAUUAUUUCUGGCAAUGAAAAGUGUGCUCCUGUGAAGGUCUCUGUGGGUUUUGAGAAACUCGGUCUCGAAGAUGGUUCGAUCCUCGAUGAGAGCCUCUCCGCAUCAAGUAACUAUAACGGACUACGAAUGUCAACACCGGCUGGUGGCCGUCUCAACAAGCUACCGCCUGAUGAUAAUACCAUAGGAGCAUGGCAACCCAGAGUAUCGAAUACCAACCAGUGGAUACAGGUGGAUUUAGGCAACCCGACCUACGUCAUUGGGGCACUCACACAAGGGCGUAACGGUGGAGCUGCUCAGUGGGUGACGAAGUACAAGGUGCAGUUCGAACCGCCCUCACCGGCAUGUCUUGUUGAUGUGAAGGACCAACUUGGUCAAACUCAGAUAUUCAAUGGCAACACCGACCAGAACAGCAUCGUGGAGAGGCGCUUCUUCAAGCCCGUCUUGGCGACCAAGAUUCGCAUCGUGCCCGUUCAGUGGAAAUAUUCCAUCGCGCUGCGUUUUGAGCUGCUUGAGAAACUCGGUAUUGAAGAUGGUUCGAUCCCCGAUGGGAGCCUCUCCGCAUCAAGCAAUUGGGAACCCCAUGAUCAGCAUACGGACACGAGCACACCGGCUGGUGGCCGUCUCAACAAUAUGCCGCCUGACGCUGAUACAAUUGGAGCAUGGCAUCCUAGGGUAGCGGAUACCAACCAGUGGAUACAAGUGGAUUUAGGCAACCCGACCUACGUCACUGGGGUACUCACACAGGGGCGCCAUGCUAUUAAUUCACAGUGGGUGACUAAAUACAAAGUGCAGUUCGAACCGCCCUCACCGGCUUGUCUUGUUGACCUGAAUGACCAAUUUGGUCAAACUCAGAUAUUCAAUGGCAACACCGAUAGAGACAGCGUAGUGGAGAGGCGCUUCUUUAAGCCCGUCUUGGCGGUCAAGAUUCGCAUCGUGCCCGUCGAGUGGAGCGCUUUUAUCGCGCUGCGUUUUGAGCUGCUUGGCUAUAAUCGUUUGGAAUUUAUUGAGAGGGAAAAGAUUAUGUUGUGCAUAGGGCAACUCACCAUUUUAAGCCAGAGUGAGAAAAUGGCCGUGUUGAGUGGUUCGAUUUUCCUCUUGCUUAAGAUGUUUCUUGGGGUUUCAGCGUCUUAUAGUGUGAGUGGUCUUUACCGAGGGGUCUGGUACCAGCCGAUAGAGCACUACGCCCUACUAGGCCAUUCCUUCAUGAAUAUCUCGGGCAUCUCUGCCGUCAGAUGUUCAGUUCGGUGUCUCAGCCAUCAUGGAUGUUUUUCUUUCAACUACGAUCACAUCGAUCAAGUCUGUCAGAUGAACAACGCCAGUGCUGAGCACGUCUGUGACAACUUUCAAGGAAUGCCGUAUGUUUCGUAUUACGACGCAACCGCAAAACCAAUCACCUGCAAGAGUAUUAUUUCUGGCAAUGAAAAGUGCGCUCCUGUGAAGGUCUCUGUGGGUUUUGAGAAACUCGGUCUUGAAGAUGGUUCGAUCCCCGAUGAGAGCCUCUCCGCUUCAAGCAACUGGGAACCCCAUGACACUUUUACACGUACGAGCACACCGGCUGGUGGCCGUCUCAACAAGCUACCGCCUGACGCUGAUACCGUAGGGGCAUGGCACCCUAUGGUAGCGGAUACCAACCAGUGGAUACAGGUGGAUUUAGGCAACCCGACCUACGUAAAUGGGGUACUUACACAGGGGCGUAACGGUGGAUAUGCCCAGUGGGUGACGAAGUACAGGGUGCAGUUCGAACCGCCCUCACCGGCAUGUCUUGUUGAUGUGAAGGACCAACUUGGUCAAACUCAGAUAUUCAAUGGCAACACCGACAGAAACAGCAUCGUGGAGAGGCGCUUCUUCAAGCCCGUCUUGGCGGUCAAGAUUCGCAUCGUGCCCGUUGAGUGGAAGUGGUUCAUCGCGCUGCGUUUUGAGCUGCUUGGCUCGUCUUAUAGUGUGAGUGGUCUUUACCGAGGGGUCUGGUACCAGCCGAUAGAGCACUACGCCCUACUAGGCCAUUCCUUCAUGAAUAUCUCAGGCAUCUCUGCCGUCAGAUGUUCAGUUCGGUGUCUCAGCCAUCAUGGAUGUUUCUCUGUCAACUACGAUCACAUCGAUCAAGUCUGUCAGAUGAACAACGCCAGUGCUGAGCACGUCAGCUGUGACAACUUUCAAGGAAUGCCGUAUUUUUCGUACUACGACGCAACUGCAAAACCAAAGACUUGUCAGACUUUACUUGUUUUGUCUACAAUUCGCCGUUCAGAGAAACUCGGUCUUGAAGAUGGUUCGAUUCCCGAUGAGAGCCUCUCCGCAUCAAGUAACUGGAAGUACGGGUAUUUUGUCAGCACGCCGGCUGCUGGCCGUCUUAAUAAGAUACCGCCUGACGAUAAAACCAUAGGGGCGUGGCAUUCUAGGGUAAAAGAUACCAACCAGUGGAUACAGGUGGAUUUAGGCAACCCGACCUACGUCACUGGGGUACUCACACAGGGGCGUUAUGGUGGAUAUCCGACUUUGGUGACAAAGUACAAAGUGCAGUUUGAACCGCCCUCACCGGCUUGUCUUGUUUACGUGAAAGACAAAUUUGGUCAAACUCAGAUAUUCAAUGGCAACACCGAUCAGAACAGCAUCGUGGAGAGGCGCUUCUUCGAGCCCGUCUUGGCGGUCAAGAUUCGCAUCGUGUCCGUUGCAUGGAAUAAUGCCAUCGCUCUGCCUGAAGGGUCCGUUUGUCCAACAACCGAUGGCCCCUUCCUGGUUACUGUCGUCAAGUACGUUGUGUAUAAUUUAAUCUACUCCAAGGCUGGAUCGUCUUAUAGUGUGAGUGGUCUUUACCGAGGGGUCUGGUACCAGCCGGUAGAGCACUACGCCCUGCUAGGCCAGUCCUUCAUGAAUAUCUCGGGCAUCUCUGCCGUCAGAUGUUCAGUUCGGUGUCUCAGCCAUCAUGGAUGUUUUUCUUUCAACUACGAUCACAUCAAUCAAGUCUGUCAGAUGAACAACGCCAAUGAUGAGCACGUCUUCAAGGAAUGCCGCAUGCGUCGUAUUACGAGGCAACUGCGAAACCAAUCACCUGCAAGAAUGUUGCAUCUUUCUGAUCCCGAUCCAGAUAAACUUGGUCUUGAAGAUGGUUCGAUCCCCGAUGAGAGCCUCUCCGCAUCAAGUAACUGGGUCGCCGUAAGAACGUCAACACCGGCUGAUGGCCGUCUCAACAAGAUACCGCCUGAUGAUACUACCGUCGGAGCAUGGCAUCCUAGGGUGGGGGAUACCAACCAGUGGAUACAGGUGGAUUUAGGCAACCCGACCUGCGUCAAUGGGGUACUCACACAAGGGCGUUUUGAUAACUCCUAUGUCCCGCAGUGGGUGACAAAGUACAAAGUGCAGUUCGAACCGCCUUCACCGGCAUGUCUUCUUGACAUGAAAGACCAACUUGGUCAAACUCAGAUAUUUAAUGGCAACACCGAUACAUACAGCAUCGUGGAGAGGCGCUUCUUCAAGCCCGUCUUGGCGGUCAAGAUUCGCAUCGUGCCCGUUGAGUGGAAUGGUUUCAUCGCGCUGCGUUUUGAGCUGCUUGGCUGUAAAUAA